GUUGAUUGGCUCUCAGCAUUUUGUUCUCAUCCACUGAGGCACGGAGUAGCACCGCGCUGGUGUGGCAUAAUAAGACAUGCCUUUCCACCGCUUAGCAUUUAAGUAUUCAGACGAACUCUCAACACUUGCUGAAAAAUGAGCGGUAGAGGCAAAACCGGUGGCAAGGCCAGAGCAAAGGCCAAGACUCGUUCAUCCAGGGCUGGACUUCAGUUCCCAGUGGGCCGUGUGCAUAGGCUGCUGCGUAAAGGCAACUAUGCUCAGCGUGUCGGCGCUGGUGCACCGGUCUACUUGGCUGCUGUUCUCGAGUAUCUGACUGCUGAGAUUCUAGAGUUGGCCGGCAACGCUGCCCGUGACAACAAGAAGACUCGUAUUAUUCCCCGCCAUCUGCAGUUGGCUGUGCGUAACGACGAGGAGUUGAACAAGCUGCUCGGCGGAGUGACCAUCGCUCAGGGUGGUGUGCUGCCCAACAUCCAGGCUGUACUGCUGCCCAAGAAGACUGAGAAGUCCAAGUAAACCUGCUCCUAAUUCUCCGAAACAAAAGGCUCUUUUAAGAGCCACCCAAAUACCCAUAAAAAAAAAUAAUUCCAAGCUACCUUCGCCCUUAACGUG